UCUGUGUGCCAUAAUUAACGUAUAGUGAGGGUAGGUGAUUGAGAGAGUCCGUAUCCGCCGCUCUGUGGUAUCGGACAGUAAGUAGUUUUUAUAUACUUUCUGGACUUUUGAGUUUCUUUUUCCUCCGGUGGGAUUUAUUUUUCUGAGUUAAAUCCCACGCGUUUUAACGCACGCUAUGUGGUGGAUGCUGUUUCCGCGAUGGAUUUGGUUUCUUCUCGGACAUUUUUACACUUUUCUGCUCUAUAUGGACAGCGUGGGGGCAAUGCCGAUGUCCGUGGCCAAAGUGGUGUACUCUCACGCGGGUCUGUGCCCCAAUGAGCUGAAUCCCAAUUUAUGGGUGGAUGCCAUGAGCACCUGCAUCCGCGAGUGUGAAUCUGACCAGGACUGUGAGACGUUUGAGAAGUGCUGCCUCAAUGUAUGUGGAAACAAGAGUUGUGUUGCUGCACGCUACAUUGACAUCAAGGGAAACAAGGGGCCCAUUGGUAUGCCCAAAGGUGCUUCCUGUGACAAGUUCAUGUGCUCCCAGCAAGGCUCUGAAUGUGACAUCUGGGACGGGCAGCCUGUGUGUAAGUGCCGGGACCGCUGUGAGCGAGAGCCCCACUUCACAUGUGCAUCUGAUGGCAUGACUUACUAUAACAAGUGUUACAUGGAUGCAGAAGCGUGCUCCAAGGGUAUCUCUAUCUCUGAGGUCACCUGCAGGUACCAUCUGACAUGGCAAAACACCAGUCCAAUCCCAGAUGAAACUACUCUCUAUCCAACCACAGCUCUUCAGACCACCCUGCCAGCUGAUAUCCAGACCCCUACCAUACACAGCAGCCCAACUCAGCAGGCUGUGUUUGUGGGUGAGACAGCCAGCUUCCUGUGCGAGGUGACUGGGAAACCGCAGCCAGAAAUCACCUGGGAAAAACAACUGAAGGGCAAAGACAACAUCAUCAUGCGACCUAAUCGUGUCCGAGGGAAUGUUGUAGUUACCAACAUUGGUCAGCUUGUCAUAUACAACGCGCAGCUUCAGGAUGCUGGAAUCUACACUUGCACUGCCAAGAAUGUGGGAGGAAGUGUGUCUUCUCACUUCCCUUUGGCAGUAAUCAAGAGGGAGGCUAAUGGGAAGGAAACAGAAGGAAAUAAUACUAAUCUGCCCUUCCCACCUGCAGAGUGCUUAAAAAGUCCAGACACCGACGACUGUGGAGAAGAAAGCAUUAGCUGGUACUAUGAAUCAAGCAGGAACAACUGCUUCACCUUCACUUACAGCCAAUGCAAUAAGAAUCGGAACCAUUUUGACACCUAUGACACCUGCAUGGUGUCAUGUGGAGGAGAGCUGUCAGCUCCUUGUAGCCUGCCAAGCCUUCAGGGGCCAUGCAAGACCUAUGAACAUCGUUGGGCCUACAGCAACGCCCUCAAGAAAUGCCAAUCCUUUGUCUACGGAGGCUGCGGGGGCAACGAGAACAACUUUGAGUCCAAAGAGGCCUGCGAAGGGAUGUGCCCCUUCCCCAAGAACCACAAUUGCCAGGCAUGUAAACCUCGUGCCAAAAUGGUGGCAAGCUUCUGCAGGAGCGACUUCGUUAUCCUGGCACGGGUCACUGAGCUAACAGAGGAGCAAGAGUCAGGUCACGCUCUUAUGACAGUGGAGGAGAUUCUGAAAGAUGAGAAAAUGGGUCUUAAGUUCUUUGGCAAAGAACCUUUGGAGGUGACUCUGUUAAAUAUGGAUUGGAACUGCCCCUGCCCCAACAUCACAGUAGCCGAGAGUCAGCUCAUCAUUAUGGGGGAGGUUCACAAUGGAAUGGCCGUACUGCAGCCGGACAGUUUCGUAUGCUCCUACAGUGCCCGUAAAGUCCGGAAGCUGCGUGAGAUUUCCCACAAGAGAAGCUGUAGUAUGCUUAAGGAGUUGCCUGUUACCCAGUAAGGACCCACGAGUAUCAGGUUGACUGUAUUUGCAGAAACUAAUCAUGAAAAUGAAGAACAGAUCAUAUCCCAGACUUUAUACAAGCUAAUUAAACUAAUAUUGGUUAUACUAUAUUUGACAUAAUUAAUAUUAGAGCACUCUAUAAUUGUUAGCGUCAUAUUAAUGUGUUGUUCCAUAUUUAUAACCAAUAACGGAUGUGAAGCCUCAGUUUUAUCUACCAGAAUCAAUAAGCUCUUUGGUUCCUUUAAUAUGGAAUCAUUUACAGUACAGGAUAUGUAUGUGAACUACUUUAUAUUUAUUUUUCUUCUAUUUCUUAGAGAGCAGUGGAUUCCGUAUAAACAUCAGAAUGUAUUUCUUGAG